AUGUUCUCCAUUAUUCAGUUUGUUUUUUUUCAUUUAAACUUUAACUUUUUCUUUCCUUCUAAUUUUUUUUUUCAAUUAUCUUUCGGUAAUAAUCAUCUUUCAUUUUUUUUUUUUUUCUAUUCUUUUUUUUCUUUUUUUUCAUUCUUUUUUUUUCUUUUCUUUUUUAUUCUUUUUUUUUCUUUUCUUUUUCAUUCAGCCUUUUUUUUCUUUUUUUUCAUUAUUCAUUUUUUUUUUCUUUCUUUUCGUCAUUCAGCCUUUUUCUUUCUUUUCGUCAUUCAGCCUUUUUCUUUCUUUUCGUCAUUCAGCCUUUUUCUUUCUUUUCGUCAUUCAGCCUUUUUCUUUCUUUUCGUCAUUCAGCCUUUUUUUUCUUUCUUUUUUUCGUCAUUCAGUUUUUUUUCUUUCUUUUUUUUCUAUUCAGCCUUUUUCUUUCUUUUCGUCUUUCAGCCUUUUUCUUUCUUUUCGUCUUUCAGCCCUUUUCUUUACUUUUUCUUUUUCUUCACUUUUUCCUGCCUUGUUUUCAUCCUUUUUUCCUGUCUUUCUUUCAUCCCUGCCUCUUUUACUUUCUUUCUUCAGGGUCUUUCUGCCAUCUUUCUACACUCUCUUUCUUUUCUUUUUUUAUGUCUCUCUUUCACCUCUUCUUUCCCUUUUUUUUUCUUUUUUUCCACUACUUUUUUUUUUUUUUUUCCAAAAUUUUCCAUAAUUUAUCUAUCUAUCUAUCUAUCUAUAACAUUUAGUUUAUCUAUCUAUCUAUCUAUAACAUUUAGUUUAUCUAUCUAUCUAUCUAUAACAUUUAGUUUAUCUAUCUAUCUAUAA